AAGCUCCAAAAGCCAAACAAAAAAAAGAAAAAAAAAGAUCAAAACUUUCACAAGCUCAAAACAUGUCUCCUCGAUCGCUGACUCUCCUCAAGAACCUCGCAAGAAACUCAAACGCCUCCUCCUCAUGCAUCCAAACCCGAUCCGUGACCUACAUGCCCCGACCCGGCGAUGGAUCCCCACGCGCAGUGACCCUAAUCCCCGGCGACGGGAUCGGUCCCCUCGUGACCAACGCCGUCGAGCAGGUGAUGGAGGCGAUGCACGCGCCGAUCUACUUCGAGAAGUACGACGUCCACGGGGAGAUGAGCCGCGUGCCCGCGGAGGUGAUGGAGUCGAUAAGGAAGAACAAGGUGUGCUUGAAAGGCGGGCUCAAGACUCCCGUCGGAGGCGGUGUGAGCUCGCUGAACGUGCAGCUGAGGAAGGAGCUUGAUCUGUUCGCGUCGCUUGUUAACUGCUUUAACUUGCCUGGGUUGCCGACGAAGCAUGAGAACGUUGACAUCGUUGUGAUUAGGGAGAAUACUGAGGGGGAGUAUGCGGGGCUUGAGCAUGAGGUUGUUCCUGGUGUCGUUGAGAGUCUUAAGGUGAUUACGAAGUUUUGUUCGGAGCGUAUAGCGAAGUAUGCGUUUGAGUAUGCGUACCUGAACAACAGGAAGAAAGUGACGGCAGUGCACAAGGCUAACAUCAUGAAACUUGCUGAUGGUUUGUUCUUGGAGUCAUGUCGAGAGGUCGCUAAAAAGUAUCCAGGGAUAACUUACAAUGAGAUCAUUGUUGACAACUGCUGUAUGCAACUUGUAGCCAAACCAGAGCAGUUCGACGUCAUGGUGACACCUAAUCUGUAUGGUAAUUUAGUUGCAAACACUGCUGCUGGUAUUGCUGGAGGCACUGGAGUCAUGCCUGGAGGAAACGUAGGGGCAGACCAUGCGGUAUUUGAGCAAGGUGCAUCAGCAGGAAACGUGGGGAAAGACAAGAUAGUACGAGAAAACAAAGCGAACCCAGUGGCGCUGCUUCUCUCAUCAGCCAUGAUGCUAAGACACCUUCAGUUUCCUUCGUUUGCUGACCGGCUCGAAACAGCAGUGAAAAGAGUCAUCUCCGAAGGAAAUUGCCGGACUAAAGAUCUUGGUGGACAAAGCACUACUCAGCAGGUGGUUGAUGCCGUCAUUGCAAAUCUUGAGUGAGACCACCUUUGACAAAGUUACUUGUUCCUUCCUUCCCUCAUCAAAGUUCCUUGCUACUAUUGCCAAAAGUAUAUUGGGUAUAAUCCACGCUGUCUGGUUUUGUAAGUUUUACAUUCUUUAGACGUUAACUCGUCGAAACUCUCGAACCAUAUUUUUCUAUUCCAAAUAAUUCAUGUUGCUACGCUUGUUUGUGUUUUCAAAAUUA